AACCAAAGAAGAAGAUAAUUGCCUUUUUAUUUGUGAAAAGUAUCUGCAUAUCUCCAAAUACCAUCCUCCCUGCUCCUGGAAAAAUGCUGCCAUUAAAAAAGAGGACAGUGAUGAAGCAUGUGGUUGCGGCUGUGUUGGGCUGCAUCCUUCUUGGAGUUCAUACUCAAGGUCAAAAUGUGGACAUCUUCCCACAUAGGACUGGAACAAAGUCUAACUCUGACCUUAAGAAACAGGAAAAUGGGGUGACGUUCGCUCCAGAAGACACGCUACCCUUCUUAAAUUGUUACUGUUUUGGUUAUUGCCCAGAAGAUGCAACAAAUAACACAUGCAUUACAAAUGGACAUUGCUUUGCCAUAAUUGAGGAAGAUGAACAGGGAGACACUACAUUAACAUCUGGCUGUAUGAAGCUCGAAGGCUCAGACUUUCAGUGCAAGGAUUCUCCCAAGGCGCAGUUACGGAGGACAAUUGAAUGUUGCCGGACUGACUUCUGUAAUAAGGAUUUACAUCCGACGUUGCCUCCGGAUGGGAGACCAGGAAUAUUUGGACGGAGUGCACACCUCAUCGCUUUCACAAUAUCUUUUGUAGUCUGCUUAUUUAUCAUGGUGAUCUUUAUCUUCACUUGCAUCUACAAGAAUAAGCUGGCAUCCCAGAGAAUGCGCUAUAACCGGGAUCUGGAACGGGAUGAUGCUUUCAUACCAGCUGGAGAAUCAUUGAAAGCUCUCAUUGACCUGUCACAAAGUUCUGGCAGUGGGUCAGGGCUUCCACUUUUGGUUCAGAGAACCAUUGCUAAACAGAUCCAGAUGGUGAGGCAGAUUGGAAAGGGAAGAUAUGGAGAGGUUUGGAUGGGAAAAUGGAGAGGUGAAAAGGUAGCAGUCAAGGUGUUUUUCACGGCUGAGGAAGCCAGUUGGUUCAGAGAGACUGAAAUCUAUCAGACUGUGCUGAUGCGGCAUGAGAAUAUUCUCGGUUUCAUAGCGGCUGAUAUUAAAGGAACAGGAUCCUGGACACAAAUGUAUCUGAUAACAGAAUAUCAUGAGAAUGGAUCCUUGUAUGAUUUUCUCAAGUGUGCCACUCUGGAUACAAGAUCUCUGCUCAAGCUGGCUUACUCUGCCGCCUGUGGCUUGUGUCACCUACACACGGAGAUAUAUGGUACUCAGGGAAAACCAGCAAUCGCUCACAGGGACUUGAAAAGCAAAAACAUCCUUAUCAAGGAAAACUGGACAUGCUGUAUUGCUGACCUGGGACUGGCAGUCAAAUUUAACAGCGACACCCAUGAAGUGGAUAUUCCUUUGAACACACGUGUAGGCACAAAACGCUACAUGGCGCCUGAAGUUCUGGAUGAAAGUUUGAAUAAGAACCACUUCCAAGCUUACAUAAUGGCGGACAUAUAUAGCUUUAGCUUAAUUAUUUGGGAAAUGACCCGCCGCUGCAUCACAGGCGGUAUUGUUGAAGAGUAUCAGUUGCCUUAUUAUGAUAUGGUGCCAAGCGAUCCAUCCUUUGAAGACAUGCGAGAAGUUGUGUGCAUAAAGUGUUUACGCCCCACCGUGUCCAAUAGGUGGAACAGUGAUGAGUGCUUAAGAGCAAUCUUGAAACUGAUGGCCGAGUGUUGGGCUCAAAAUCCUGCGUCCCGUCUAACGGCCUUACGAAUCAAAAAGACGCUUGCAAAGAUGGUAGAGGCUCAAGAUGUAAAGAUUUGACAAAGGGAAUGUUGGCUCCAGCAUUAAGACUCUGAAUAGAGGGAGCACGGUGCGUGCGGAGGAGGUAACCUUCACUGUGGCACUCUGCAGGCUGCUAUAUACUGACUUCAUUCAGUACUGUGUGUAUAUGGUGCAGAUCGCAUCUUCUCUUCAUUGGGAGCUUCUGUGUACAUUGGAACAGAAAUAUUUUUCUUUUUAUAUUUUAUCAAGACUUUUAUCACAAACUCCAGUUUAAUGGCCAAUGAAUUGCAUGUUCAAGUUAUUUUGCUUUCCGUGAAAGCAGCAUCCAUUUUAAACCCAUGCUUUUUUUUGUGCAGAAGAAACGUGUUAUUACAUUAUCUUUUUAUAUGUUUAAAUGGAAACCAAGAAGCUUUCUGUGCCAGACAUCAUUUUUUGCCAUGUUUUAAACGAUCCCAUUUUCUUUUUUUUUUAUACCCUUAAAA